CAGUCCUCCAGCGUUCUAUACCUUCUUGUCGCUCCACAAAACCUCGUUGUCUGAUUGUGAACUCUCAACCCGGUGGUCGGGAAAUGUCAAAGAGAGGCCCGUGCUGCAGCAGGGGGCGUAAAGGGGAAAAAACAACAACAGUUUAUUGCUUUAAUUUCACGUAAUUGAUUUUCCUUUCUUAUUAAGCAAGUGUCAUAUCCAAUAGCAUCAGAAACCGAAUCCUAGCGGACCAACUCUCGCAGCCGCCGUUGACAACAAUUUGCAGCCUUGAUCGUUCCCGAUUCGUAUAGCCAGCCUAACAAUCCUUGCCAAACAUGAGGGAGAAAAUACUGCUCCUGUUGAAGAUUUCCUUCAAACCUACUAGCUCUCUCUCAACCAUGACACCCAGCAGAGGACUCUGGGAUUGAUGCUGGGAUCACUCCCACUGAUGGCCUGGACUGGGUUUCAGCUGUCCUGCUGAAGCUAUGGGGAGCUGUUGGAGCUGUCUAUACAGAGACCCCAUCCAAGACAACCAUCUCACCAAAUUCAAGGUAACCAAUGUGGAUGACGAGGGGAAUGAGUUGGGCUCUGGGACCAUGGAGCUCACCGAGACCGAGCUCAUCCUGCACACGCGCAAGAGGGAUGCCAUCCGGUGGCCCUAUCUGUGUCUGCGGCGCUACGGCUACGACUCCAACCUCUUCUCAUUCGAGAGUGGCCGGCGCUGCCAGACUGGACAGGGAAUCUUUGCGUUUAAAUGUACUCGUGCGGAGGAGAUCUUUAACCUCCUCCAGGAGCUGAUGCAGUGCAACAGUAUCAAUGUGGUGGAGGAGCCUAUGAUCAUGACCGGCAGUGGACACGCACGAGAGAUAGACAUGCCUCGCACCCCACAGACACCCAACACUCCAGCAUUCCCUGUCCAGGGUUUUCCCAACGGGUACCCGGGGUAUCCCAUGAGAGCUGAAUCCUCCCAGCCCUCUCUAACUGACGACCCCCACGGCCACAGCCACAUGGGCCUGGAGGACCAGGCUCACACCUAUGUGAAUACUGUUACUGUGGAUGGGGAACUCUCCAGUCGACACUGUGUACACUCCCUACCCGAGGUGCGGCCCACUUCCUUCCCCGAGUCAACCCGGGGAGCCAUGCCUGUCGUGGUCCCAGGGGGUGGGCAGACCAGCAUGCACUGUUGUCCCCUCGAGGAACAACGCAAGGAACCCCAGGUAUUCCUUCAGCCUUCCUCUCAGGAGGUCAAAUUCAUGCUGGGACCCACCCCUGCACAGCGCCACCUGCUGGAGAGAGAGAGAGAGAGGCACGGGGGCCACAAUCCACACGCCAUGCGGCCUGUAGAGGGCGCCACAGGUUCAGAGACAGAGGGGGACGAGCCUCCUCUGCACGUGUACAACUCCCACUCCUAUCACCACCCUCACUACCACCACGUGAUGCACCGGCACCCUGGCCACGAACACCAGGAGGGCUGCCAGCUCACCUACGAGAAUAUCAACGGCCUGAGGGGGGGCCGCAGGCUGAGACUUAGCCCCAGCAGCAUGUCCCAGUCUGUGGGCUCCAGCAGCAGCAGCAGCACCACCGGAGACAGUCACUCUCACCCACAAUCACAUCCCCUUAACCCGCACCCCCAUGGCCCAUCUUCUCUGCCCCCCCAGGGGUACCCCUGUGAGCGGGGCGCGGGGAUGGGCGGUGGUCACCGGCGGACAGCUCUGCUCAACUACGAGAACCUGCCGUCACUGCCCCCGGUAUGGGAGUACCGUGCCCUGCAGAGAGACGAGGAGCAGGACGAGGAUGACGAGGAGCAGGAUGAGGAGGAGUACGAGGAAGAGGAGGAGGACUUUGACGAGUACGAGUUUUCGGAGGGUACGGGGACGCCCAACGGGUACCACCAGGAAGGGCUGGGGAGGGGGGGGAUCCACCGUGACGCCCUGCAGAACUAUGUCAACACAGAGCAGGUCCAGGUUCAGGUCCAGCCCAGCCGGCUGCGACAUGCCUGCCCCCCUCAACCCCAGCACCUCCAGCCCUGCCACCGCCAGCCGGACCGGGGCGGCCGAAUAUUCAGCUUUGAUUUCCGUAGGCGGCCUGGAGGAGGGUUUGGUCGGGGGGAGGGCUGCGAGCACGGUCACAUGCCCCCGUCGAGGCAGCUCAACUAUAUCCAGGUGGACCUCGAUGCGGAGCCGCCGUGCCAGACCCUCGGGGGGGGUGGAGGAGGGGGAGCCCAGUCUCAGCCCCAGCCACAGCACCAGCGCCUACCACCCCUCAAAUGUGGCCCCCAGCAGGCCCCACGGCGCAGUGAGUUCUACGCUGUGAUUGACCUGAAGAAGACAGCAGCCAUGUCCAACCUGCAGAAAGCCCUCCCCCGGGACGAUGGGACAUCGAGAAAGACUCGCCACAACAGCACAGACCUGCCUCUGUAGAUGCAGUGAGGAGGAGGAGAGACGGAGAAAGAUGAAGGGAGGGAGUAGAGAGAAACAGGUUUGGGUGGAGCGCUUGGCUGGACAGACAAGUAUAGGCAACUCAGCAGCACACUGGACCCCUCACUCUCAUCCAGCCACCUGCCUGUUCUGUCCUGUCCUGUCUUGGCCAGCUGGAUCAUAUACAGGUACCUAAUUAGAAAAUGAACUAAAACUUAUCUGUGCAUAUUCCACUUUAUGGAGCAAGAUUGGUUUGAAGUUGCCAUAUUAUUGUGGGUCACCUUCUGACUGUGGUGAGAUGCUAUCUCAGUUAGCAGCAGAAACCUUGGUCGUGGUUGGCUGGGUUUAUGGUUAAACCCUUAAGCUACCGUUGUUUUUGGUUAUACCUUUUGGCAAUGUUUUUUUUUAAAAGCUUUGUGGUGGUUGCGUUGAGUGCCAAGGCCCCGGGUUUGGUUCAGGGUGGGAGCAGGAAUGGACGAGUCAGGUCUCCAACUUUGUGUUUGACCAGUGAUGGUUGAUUUUUAGAUGUAAGAGUAUUGCCCAUCAUAAAGUAGCUAGGUUCCUCAUUCCGUUAUCAUUCAGUGUUGUUUGAUUGAUUUUACGUCCCCGUUUACGAACAUGGGCUCCUAUUGAGUUCAGGUUUACUGGUCUACAUUGUAAAAUUGACUGAACAUUUUCUGACAUGAAAACAGUUUGUUAUUCCCUCAAUUGAAUUAUAAUAAUGUGCAUUCUUCACCUCACAAGCACUUUUUUGACCCUGUGACUGAUAGAAAGGACAGUUGAUGAUAUUUAUUUAUAACUAUCUGCCCUCAGGAAAUAGUACAGAUCAGUACAGUUUGCACAUUAUCCUUUGGAAUUGUAAUCUUACAUCCUAUCCAGUAUUAUAUUUGUAGUCCCCCCCCAAAAAAGACCCCAAAGCAGAAAAAAAUGUUGAAUAGAUUUUCUCUCUUAAUCCAAUAUUAAAUAUCAUACAUUUUUCAUGUUGAAAUUGAAUCUAAAAUGGAAAUAAUAGUAACCUUGAUAGCAUGAAACAGUCAGUGUGUUGAUAGAUUUCCAACAUCCGCGCGCACACACACACACACACACACACACACACACACACACACGCACGACAUAACUAUUCUGACUGCAUAUCAUUCCACUUGAAUAGGAAUCCAUAUCUAAUUCCUAAACUAUGGUUACCUUUGCACUUUUUACCUUUGAAGUCCCCACAGUUCCGAAUCCCUCAUCUGGAGCAACAGGUUGUGAUCUGACAAACUCCUUCGAGAUGGUGAUGUCAUCACACAGACCCAAAUAUUGUAUGGAUGUAGUUUUAAAAAACAAAAACAUUAUAGAGACCUAUAGCAACUUACAUUUUUUUUUAGAGAAGAAGUUGAUAACCUGUGAUAAUGGCUUAAAGAUAUUAAUAAUAACCUCAUAUAAAAAUGACCGGUUGACUAUUUUAGUAAGUAUCAGAUUGAUAACUGAGGGUUGUCAACUGAGGGUCAGUUUUAAAGGGGAAUAUAUCAGUAUGUUUAAUGUUAACUGUUUAUGGAAAGUCUUAUAUCAUUGAGCGUUUGGCUGAGGAUAUUUAUUUAUUUAUUUAUUCAUUGAGAUGUCUAUAUGGUGAUUGUUUUGCAUAAAAAUGUGACAAAACAGUUUUUCGUAAUCUAGCCAGUUGGUGAUUUGGAGACCAAAGUAUCACCAGUCAUCGUCACACUGUCUGGGACACCAUUGUAAUACCAUUGUUAUGCCUGUAAUUAAUAACCUUACAUUCUGAAGAAGAAAGACUGUAUUAAUAUAUUAAAGUGCCAAAUCUUUACUGUUACCUGUAUGAACGUAAUGAAUCAAAUCAAUGUGCCAUUAGGAUGUGUAAUAGAAAACCUGAGGGCUAAGAGGCAAGGAGUUAGCCUACAUGUCGAAAAACAAAGGGAAGAGCUUGGAGGUCUAGGGCCGUAUGUAUCAAGAGUAGUAGUGCUGAUCUCGGAUCAGGUCUCCCCUGUCCAUGUGAUCGUAUUCAUUAUGAUCGAAAAAGGCAAGAACAUUCCCACUCUGAGACUCUUGAUACAUACUGAACAGGGUCAGGGUUUAUAUAUUGUUAACCCUUUGUACUCCUCCUCAUGAAUCUGUCUAGCUGAUCCAGGUCAACUGGACAAGGAAGGGCAAGAAAGACACAUUUCACCUCAUAGGCUAGGCUAUACAUUGACAGCCAUAUCGGAGUGAGACAACGGAUUCGUUAUAUCUAUCUAGUCUUCACAACUCCAAUGGUUUUAUGCUGCUAUAAGGUAGAAGUUCAGACAGUAAGAGGAGGUAGGGAUGGUAGUGGCUAUGCAGGAUUGUUUACCAUAUUGUUUAGUAAAUGGAACUACCAUUUUCGGCUACCAGUAUGAAAAUGUGUUUUAAUUCAAAUAAGUUUUAAUUUCUCAUUUCUAUUUCUUAUUUCUCUUGGAUUGGUGUGAUCAAUCCACAUACCAAAACCUUGUUUUCAUUACAAUCUGGCUGUCUAAUCUGAAGUAAUGUGGCUGAAGGUGCAGCACAGGCCUAGCAACUGUAAUCCUCAUAACUGCUUAUUUAAUCUGAUGGAAAGAUAUACGUAGGUCUACUCACUGUUUGUGGACAUUUUUCAGACAGGGAUAUAUCCGUUUGCACACAUAUAUUUUCGUGAUACAUUUAAAGGGUGUUUACAUUUCGCAAUAAUGGUUUAAUAGAGAUGUAUUGUUGGAGAUGAGGUUUAUUCAGACCAAUGUGUGUGAGGUUCGAGGUGCGUUGUUAAUGGUUCCACAGGUCUGUUGUAUUUGAUCCCCUGUUUUUAUGUGAAUCAGCAUUGGAACUAAGACCUCUCUCAGGCCCCCUGUUGACAAUAUUAUAACUUUGUUAUUGUAUACAUGCUUAGAUUAGAACGUGAAAAAAAAUGUAUGUUUCUGUUUUCUUGAUUGUCUUAUACAGCAAAUUUGCGCUUACUCAACACCUGACUUAAUUGUGCCAUAAGUGACUGUUGCCAAGCUUUCUGGACAGCGUGUGGCUUUCGAAUGUCGAAGCCUUUUAAAGGGCCAGGUUAGGUGUCAGAAGGCAUACGGCAAACAUCUCUGUGUACUGUGUUUGCACUGAUACAGUGGUUCGGACUGUUUCUAAUGGUUUGACAGUCUGUAUAUUCAUUAGUCAGUCAUUGUUAUCAAUUUGGUGACACUUAAUUGUAAAGGUACACAGGAAUAGUACCUUAAAAUGUGUUCCUUAUACUAAAGUGUUACCAGAAAUAUUGUCCAGAAAUGACUUUUUGGGAACCGUAUCUUGUCAUAUCAAUGUUGUCAUUUUGAUUUUCCUUGAAAAGCGAGAAAAUAUUAACAAUGAAGGAUUGUCCGGUAACACAUGACUUAUGUUUAAAUAAUAAACCACUUAAUUGAGGCCUAAUGUAUAGCUAAUAAGACACAAUAAAGGCCUUAUGAGCUACGUAUAUACACACGUAUAAACUACAAAUUAGUGGCUAAUAUGUGUAUCUUAAAAUAAAGUUUGACCAGAAUUUAAUUCAAACAAACAGUUUUUUACUCUUUUAUGUAAUUUCAUCACAACUGCCUGACCACCACAAGGUGGCGUUGCUUGCUACAAUGCUCGGGAUGAUGAGAAAAUAAGUAAUUUUCCUUCCACAGCCCCUCAAAAUGCCACUCUAGGUCCAAAAUGCACUUAGUUCCAUAAUAUUACCAAGGUACAAACAAAGUAGCUCAAAAUCUAAGGAAUGUUACAGUGAUUUGGUACUGUAUUUCAAAAUAUUUUUGUUUGUCCAUUUGUUUAUUUAUUUACCAUUGAAUGCAUGUGUAAUAUCCACUGGUGGGUGACGAUGAUGCAGACAGGGGUCCAUUAUUUUCAUUCAAUCACAUGCUGAGCUAACGCUCUUCUAGUCCAAUAAGACCAGAGCAAUUGAAACCUGUUGAACCUGUAUGUUAAUGGUGAUAAUAAUAUGUGUUGAUUGGUUGAUAUAAAGGUUGGGUAGGCCAAAGUAAAUGACUGUGAUGUACACUAAUAUUUGACUGAGUGCCAAAUGUGGUUUAGUACUAUGACUUUGACGACAGGCCAGGGACACACCUGGCUGAGAUUCACUAGGGAACUCUAUAGGACUCUCCCUGAGAGAUGCCAAUGACUCUCUCACCCUCUGGUCUUGGUUUAACCUGCGGUAUGAAUGUAAUAAGCAAAGAGAGACUAUAUAGACGAAGGGCAACUAUGCUUAAUGUUUCUAUCCUUGCUGGGGGAAAAAAGGUGAGUGGUCAGAAGUUUUGUCUAAAUUUAAAAAUUUGCGAUCUGAGUUUCUUCUACGUAUAUUUGUAUGUAUCUCUCUGUGUGUGUG